ACACUACGUUUGGAAAAUACAUUCGAAAGGUGGAAAAAACAUAUGACACACACGAGUUGGUUUCGUAGAAACGAAGCCACGUACUGCUGCACAAACGCGAGCUUGUCGUUCUUGACUAGGGGAAUAUCCGCCAAUUCAUCCUCCACUCGCGCUUCCUCAUCUUGGUCGGGAAGGGCGGCAUCGUCCGCGGCGCCACCGACUGCAAAGUCGUCUUCGUCCAUGAGGUCGGCCUGCUUGCGUUGCAGUUCCAGAGCCGCUUCCUCUUCGUCCUGGGCGAUUUCCUCCAUGUCAGAAUCCAUCUCGUAAUCUGCCGUGUCGGCCGAGUAAAACUGCUUCUUUGACGACCCCCACUGAUCCUUGAGUUUCAACGCGCGUUCCUUCUCGGCGGCAAAUCCUUCCUCGUCCACGUCCUCGUCAUCCAAGUCGUCACGCUCUUCCAAGUCACUCUCGUGCUCGCUUUCCGUGUCUUCGUUCAACUGCAUCAACUCCUGCUCGCUGCCUGCGUCCUCGUCGCUGCUGCCUUCGUCCACGGGAAUGUCCUCUCCGUCCGACGGAUCGUCAUGGAAGACCAGAUCGUCGUCAGUUUUCGAGAAGUUCUUAGUCUUAUUGUUGCGCUGCUGGUCGAGCUUCUUCGCCAGCCGCCGCUCGGCCCCGCCAUCGCCAGUCUUUGCGCUCUGUCGUGCCCGACGCCCCAUGCUGUUCGUUCGUUUUUGCUUUCACACCAAGCGCCACCAACUUCAAUUGAUUGGUGGGAAUAGAAUGCCAUGUGAUUGGACAGUAUCAGCCAAUCCGAUCGCUUCAUAAUCAUUUUUAUUUUGAAUUGUGGAUUUUUGUUUCUGUUUUGUUUGGUACUAAUUGUUAGAAAAUGUAGCCAAUUACUUGUACUCCAGAGUACUUACUGUGUGCAGUACCGAUAGCCUGACGUCCAUCAAAAGGAAUGCUCAAUAAAUUCGUCGAAGCUUAACGUUAUUUUUCGAAAUGCUGACUGACUACAGCAGGUCGGCUGCCUGGAUAUACGAUGGCGGCGCCCCCACGCAAGGCAUAGAUCCCACACCGACGCUCCUUGGGGCCAUUACUCGUUAAUUCUAAUCGAAAGUCACUGAACUCUCGUUUUACAAGCGCCCGGGUCAGCUGAGUUAGCGGGUAUGGCCCUUGCAAUUCGUACGUGCCAAAGCGGCAGACGUCGCCGCUGCGGUCUCGACAGAACGCAAAGUGAUCUUCGGUUGACGUUUUUAACAGCGACACCUCGUACGAGGCGUUGGUUUCCGACGCUGGAAGAUUGACCAUAAUGCAAUCUCCAUGCAUGUCAACGACUGGGGUGAGGCCAAAGGCACACAAGGCGGUGGAAAGCAAGCUGGAAGGAGGCGUGUUCAUGAUGGGGGGGGGCUGGCGUGGUGACGAGAAUGGGGAAACGUGUGGGGCGAGGAGUUUCGUGGGUGGGGACACGUUCAAUCGCGUUCGCGGGAGUUUGCGAGGGGGUGUACAUAGGCCACCGUCGAUCGUGGGCGUGGCCGGUUUUACUGGCGUCGCAGCCCCCUGCUGUUUGCGUUCCUUUUUGAUCAAAGCAGCGCCACCAGUCUUUCGAGGCACUUUGCAAUAGAUUGUUGUUGUUGCGGCGGGGCGGGAGAAGCUUCUCGUCUUGCGCAUGCUCCGAGUGACGCGUUGAUUCAUGUGUGGAUGGACGAAACUUGAGGAAUGGGCAACUAAUAACGGUACUAUUCUCGA